AAGUGACUUUUAAUAAGGAUAUAUUCUUCAGGAUCUGUCUUUUCUGAGUGGUGUGAAAUUGACAAUCUAAUGCCUUCAAAAGGACUACAGCUUUGUAAUUUUUCUCUUACUUUAGGACCAGGGGCGGACUGACAACUCAUGGGGCCCCCGGGCAAUAGGGGAUCAUGGGGCCCCUGUGUCCUCACCCACACUCAAACCACACCCAAAAAAGCCUAUGAAAGGUACCAGGGGCAUCUCAUGGGGCCCCCUACUGACCCCGGGCCCUCCGGCAGUGCCCGAGUUUCC